GGUGUUGUCUGAUACGGAUUUCAUUUCAAAUUGUUAUCCAAACGUAUACUCCUAUUCACAACAAACUCGCCAACUGUUCAAGGAUCUCGUCACGUACACAAACUAGCACGACAUAUUGUGGACAAUGCCAACAAUUAUUUAUGCUCCAAUUUGCUAAUGGUAACAUUAAUCAUGCACGUGUUUGCCCUGCUCUCCCGUAGGGGCAGGCGGUCGCUUACUAACUCGAUAUGCCAGAACAGUUUGGUAAAGAGCGAUAGCCAGCGUCAACAUGGAAAAGUCACCAUCACAUACGACCGUUUGGUCUAAAAUUGUUGGACUACAGUUGUACAGUUCGUACGCCGCGGAUGCGGACGGUCGAGCGCCUUCGCUUUCCAUCAUACGGUUGCUGUACAGCAUGCUUCUAUUCGGUGGCUAUCUGGUCGGGUUCUACAAAACAGUGGAAACGAUGCUUCUACCCGACCUUAACCCAAACAGUCCAAGCAUUUUCAAGUUCGCGCUCAUGACACAGGUUGGUUCUGGCGUGCUGGGCUCGAUCAUCUGCUACGCAUCGUUAUGGCACACCGACCGGAUGAAGUGUGUCUACGUUGAAGGAAUUCGGUGUAGCAACAUGAAGAUUAACGAUCGCUACUAUCAAUUUCGAAACAUGCAGGUCCCCGCGAAGCAAUCCAUCCUGGUGCCACUGUCCAUCGGGUUGCUCUUCAUACUGUCGCUCUGGGAGGGCUAUGCACAGUACAAUCUGGCGAACUAUUUCACCAUCAUCGCAAUCGUGUAUCCCCUGUGGAUGUUUCAUGUGACCAUCUUGGAGUUUACAACGCUGGUCAAAUCGACGGAGUGUAUCGUGACGAAGCUGAACUGGAUGAUGGACGCUUUCUUGGAGAGCUUGCAAAGGCAGUCCACCCCGAUCGUGCCGAUCAAGGGUGAAAAGAAAGCCCUCCACAAGGUAUAUCCCAUCAGCCGCCGGCCGUACGUGUCGGAACACGAGCUGAUCAGUGGCGAACGGCUGACGUACAUGUUCGUCAUCCACGAGAACGUAGCCAAGCUGGCCGAGUUUAUCAACCGAGCGUACUCGCUCCAGCUGAUCGCCAUCGUGACGGUGACGUUCGUGAACACGUUGUUUGGAUUUUUUAUUGAAACGAAGCUUUUGUUUUGGAACUACCAAAUGGUGGAUCUGAUACUGCGCGCCUGCCGGUAUGCGUUCGAGUGCAUUCCUGCCUGUUUGCUGAUCUACAAUAUGCUUGUCGUGUGUGCCUCAACUCACACCGAGCUCUUCAAAUCGGCCUCUCUGCUGCACAAGCUGCUACAGUACAAGGCAAACUAUUUCAUCGACGAUCAAGCGCUCUUCGAACGAUCGAAAGCGAUCGCUCUGCAGCUGCUUCACAGGAAGCGGUUCCCCUUAUUUGAUGGGAGCGGUUUGUUCAGGCUGGACUUUACCUUCAUCUUUUCGGUAUUUAGCGCCGCUACAUCCUAUCUCAUCGUGUUGCUUCAGUUUGAUUUAUCAAAAGAUUUGAAAAAGGCCGUCAUUUGAGGUUAAGGGCGAAGGUCCCAAAGCACAUCCUAAAUGUUAUAUCACCUACACUGGCUUUUAAAUGUGUACAUCAUUAUUAUCUUCACAGCUUUGGAAGCACUCCCGGUGGUUUGGCGUUGAAUAAAUAAAUUUAACUGCACAACUUUUGGCAGGCAUUUCUUCCCAGAUGUUGAGAAUUACCGUCUAUAAACUGCGCCUGAUCAUAUUUUAUCCUUGAAUAACAGGCUUAAAUAAUAUACUUCAAAUUAUUCAAAUCCGCACGGCUAGGAGAACAUAAAGCUUUGCCUUGGAAAACGGUUAAACUAUCGCGAAACCAGGCUAGGACCUGGCUGGGAAGUUUGUCCUGGUGAGACAUGAGUCUGCCAUGACCUUCAUCACGUGCCUCAACCAUCGUAUCCUUCCGGCUUGAACCAUCGUCAGUAUAUCUGCACUGCAAAUCAGUUCCCGAAGCUCGUUGUUCACGCUUCUUCACCACAAGUCCGUAGUGCUCUACACAAGCACUCCAGCUGUAGCUUCGGG